AUGCACUUCUCGUAUUCAGAACAACUUGCCCACAAAAUUGAAGGAUCCCGGAGUUUCACUAUUGAGAUUUCUAUUGGGACACAGGAUGUUGCUCGAGCACUUUGUGAUCUAGGUGCAAGUAUAAAUCUAAUGCCUUCGUCUAUCUUCCGAAAACUAGGUUUGGGAGUGCCCAGACCAACCACUAUAGUUCUUCAGCUGGCAGACAGAUCGUUAGUAAGACCCGAAGGCAUUAUUGAAGAUGUAUUGGUACAAGUAGGGUCGUUGAUAAUUCCUGCUGACUUUGUGAUAUUGGAUUUCGAGCCAGACCCGGAAGUCCCAUUUAUUUUGGGGCAUCCGUUCUUGGCUACAGGGAGAGCACUUAUUGAUGUAGCUGCUGGGGAGCUUACCAUGCGAGUACAUGAUAAAGUAGAGGUCUUUAAUGUAUACCAAGCUCUGAAGAUGCCUGCAAUCUAUGAGGAGCUGUCCGCCAUUACUGUUCUGAAUGAUGAUACACGAAGGCCACUCAUCGCUUCUCAUGAUCCUUUGAAGAGAGCCUUAGUGAGGGAUGAUAUUUUUUGUGACAUGGAGACGUUUGAGAUGGUGCAGAGUCUAGAUAUGGUGAGUAUUUAUAUUCGGGCAGGCGAGUUUGAGCACUUAGACAGGACAAUGGGAGUAACUCCGAAGUUAUCAAUUGAAGAGCCUCCGAAAUUGGAAUUGAAGCCCCUGCCCGCCCAUUUUAAAUAUGCAUUCUUAGGUGAGGGGGAUACCUUUCCAGUGAUAUUGGCAGCAGAGUUGACCACCGAAGAGGUUAAUAUUUGUCUCAAAGUAUUGAAGUCCCACAAAAGAGCAUCGGGGUGGCAGAUAUCUGAUAUUCAGGGAAUUAGCCCCGCGCUGUCCAUGCACAAGAUACUCAUGGAGGAUGAUCAUAAGCCUAGCGCACAACAUCAGCGGAGACUAAACCCUGUGAUGAAGGAGGUUGUCAAGAAAGAGGUAAUUAAGUGGUUAGAUUCAGGCAUUAUUUUUCCCAUUUCGGACAGUAAGUGGGUGAGCCCGAUGCAAUGCGUCCCGAAGAAAGGAGGGAUGACAGUUGUGACAAAUGACAAAAAUGAUCAUUCCUACUAUAACAUCACUGGAUGGAGAAUCUGCAUGGAUUAUCGCACGCUAAACGAGACAACCAGAAAGGAUCACUAUCCUAUUCCCUUCAUAGAUCAAAUGCUAGACAGGUUAGCCGGGCAAGAGUUUUAUUAUUUUCUAGACGGUUACUCUGGCUACAAUCAGAUAGCUAUUGCCCCGGAGGAUCAGGAGAAGACCGCGUUUACAUGCUCAUAUGGCACAUAUGCUUUCAAACGCAUGCCAUUUGGGUUGUGUAAUGCACCCGCGACUUUCCAAAGGUGUAUGAUGGCUAUUUUUUCAGAGAUGGUUGAGGACUUCGUACAAGUGUUCAUGGAUGAUUUUUCGGUAUUCGGGAACUCUUUUAAGGUUUGCUUGCAAAAUCUAGACCGAGUACUGGCAAGAUGUGAAGAAACUAACCUGGUCUUAAAUUGGGAAAAAUGUCACUUUAUGGUCCGAGAACGAAUAGUCCUUAGGCACAAGGUUUCAAAGAGAGGGAUGAAGGUUGAUCGUGCAAAAAUGGAGGUCAUUGAGAAGCUGCCACCCCCCAUAUCAGUCAAGGGUGUGCGCAGUUUCCUCGGGCAUGCAGGAUUUUACAGGCGCUUCAUAAAGGAUUUUUCAAAGAUCUCAAGUCCGAUGUGCAGAUUACUUGAAAAGGAUGUGAAAUUCUUAUUUGAUGAUGCAUGUAUUAAAGCCUUUGAAGGUCUACAGACGAGAUUGGUAACUGCACCAAUAAUCAUUGCACCUGACUGGAACUUUCCAUUCGAGUUAAUGUGUGAUGCAAGUGACAACGCUGUGGGGGCUGUGCUGGGACAGCAACGAGAGAAGGUUUUUCAUUCUAUCAACUAUGCUAGCAAGAUUUUAGACGCUGCCCAAUUGAAUUACACUGUGACAGAGAAGGAGCUGCUAGCUGUGGUUUAUGCGUUUGAUAAGUUUCGAUCCUAUCUUGUUGGAACACAUGUUAUUGUUUACACAGACCAUGCAGCUAUUCGCUACUUGUUCAGCAAGAAGGAUGCUAAACCCAGGUUGAUUCGGUGGAUUCUUCUGUUGCAAGAAUUUGAUAUUGAGAUUAAAGAUCGAAAGGGAGCGGAGAACCAACUAUUUGCAAUUCCUGUUGCCGAAGUCCCAUGGUAUGCUGAUAUUGUGAACUUGAUCGUAAGUGGGGUGUACCCACCUGAAGCCACUUCACAGCAGAGAAAGAAGUUAUAUCAUGACUCACGGUUUUACAUAUGGGAUGAGUCGUAUUUGUUUAAGCAAGGAACUGAUCAGCUAGUGAGGAGAUGCAUUCCACAGACUGAGGUGGGUCAAGUGUUGGAGAGUUGUCAUUCUUCCCCAUACGGGGGACACUUUCAAGGUGAUCGUACUACGGCUAAGGUAUUACAAUCUGGCUUCUAUUGGCCUACCCUCUUCAAAGAUGCCCAUGCAUUUGCUAGAAGUUGUGAUUGA